AUGACGUCCGCCGUGCCAAUUUCUCAAGGACAGACCUCGGCUCGGCCCUCAUUUGCAAAAGUCGCUGCGCAAACGUACAAGCCACAAAUGCCCAAAGAACAGGCGCCUAGCGUCAAGCCUUCCAUUGCAAGCCCGCAACCCGCGAUCUCUGCGAACGUCAUCAAGCCUCCGACUGUCGGCAGCGCAGCGUCCGCCGUUCGCGCUGAAACAAAAAUCGAGUUGAGCGAAGCGAACGGAAAUGCUGGUGACACAGCUUCGCGCGCUGGAGAGUCGGCUGGUGCGAGUGGAGAAUCGGCGGUGGUUUUGCCGAGUCUCAAAGAGGAGGAUGCAGCAAGGCUGCGCCCAUCCAUUGCUCUGGUGAAGUUUUCGACCAUCGAGGACAGUAACACGCAACUGUCUUCGUCUGAUGGCUCAGCAAAGCCUCCGAGCCUUGAUGGGAAGAGUGUUGCGUCAGGCACCACUUUCGCGCUGGACGAAAAAGAGUCGCUUCGUCCCGACGACAGUGCAAGUCUCAGAGCUGUUGAAGAGGAAGACGUGACGUCACCGCCUGAAUCCAACGCUGCUGGCUCCCGUGUAGGGUCUGACAGCGAGGCUCGCGCUUUCCGCGCCCAGUUGCAUGAGAUUGCGGUCAUGGGCCCGCAGCCCCAGCGAGGAGUGCCACCCGGUCGCUUCCCAGUUCCGACUCCUAAUGGUUCGCACACGCUCUAUGAUCCAAAUCAACCCCCGAAUGCCAUUGGACGUUCACUUUCUCAGCCUAUCGUUACCGGUAUGCCCCAGGGCGCCGGCCCUCAAACUCUUCCAGCUAUACCAGACGAAAAAUUGAUCGAGGCGUUGCAGUCGCCCAGAGACCGGCUAUUCGUCGUGAAGAUUGAACAAGACUUCAUCGACUUCAUCAAAGACUCUCGGGAGAGCGAGUACUGCCUUCCCAACUGCAACACCUUCUAUCGGAUGCUUGCGCACCGACUUGCGGAUUAUUACUUGCUCGGUCAUGUGGUCGACAAUACUAUGACUGGCGUGAGGAUCACAAGGACACCUUAUUGCAGAAUACCGCCCCCACUUUCGCAAAUGGUCGAUGCUACUAAGAGCACGAACACUCCUCCUGUCGACCUUCCGGCUCGCAAAAUAAUGCGCCGCGGCGACGACACAAGAUCUGGUACUAACACAGGAGCCAACUCUGAGAAUCCGUCCAAGGCUGCAUCUGAGGUAGAUGGCAGUGAUGGAGGGAACGACAAGACCGACGGUAAGAGAGACAAGUCAUCAAUGACACGAGAAGAGCGCGAAGCAAGGUAUCGAGAGGCUCGACAGCGAAUCUUUGGAAGUGCGGAGAGUGAAGAAGCUGAUUCUUCAGACGUCAUUGCACAGCCUGAAGAGAAGGAUGCUUCCAGAUCAAGCUCUGCUUCCGGGAAGAAAAAGAAUAAGAAGCAGCGCAACCAAGAUGAUGACGAUGGCUUCGAAGCGCGCUCUCGUUUCAACGCCUACUACCCUGGCCAGUAUGCUGUUCCUGGCUAUACUGGAGACGGUACUCUGUACUAUAGCGGCUAUCCCACGCCAAUGACCAACGCUCAGUAUUCCCCCAUGGGCCCCAACGCGUCUCCGCCUUCGAACUACGGCAGCCCAUACCCAGCCGUGCCACAGGAUCCUCAGGGUCAAUACUGGUCUAGUCAGCAAUUCCCACAAGCGAACGGGCCCAUGAUGUAUCCAAACUAUGGCCAAAUGCAAAACGGUCAAGACUUGUCCAGCGAUUUCCAACGAGGCAUGCAGUCGUUCCAAAAUGCCGGAAUGCCCAGCCAAGUGACCCCUAAGAUGGCGACUGCUUCAAUGGCUGGCUACCCUGACCCUUACGCUCAGCAGCCUCCGAACUCUGCGAUGAGUCAAGGUUGGUCGCCCAUGAGCCAACAGCCUUCGUAUCCAAUAUCUCAAGGCUAUGCUUCGAACGGUCCGAACAAUCGACCCAUGACUGCACCAAUGCAAGGUGCGGUUCCAGGCGCUUAUCCUUACGGACAAUUUCCAGCUCCUACAUUCAAUGGGAAACCCAACCGGAAUCAGCAUCCGAUCCCCGGCAGCUACCAACGUCCACAGUUCAAUCCUCAGAGUCAAGCCUUCAUACCCGGCGGGCGUAAUAUGCCUUAUCAGAUGGGCAUACACAAUGGCCCUCAAAUGAUGAAUGGUUACGGCAACUACCAAAUGGGCCCCCCACAGAUGGCGCAUCAGAUGCCUAGGCCCAGCCCGCCCACCGCUAACAGUGCGACAUUCGGUCCUACAUUCGGUCCUACAUUCGGCAUGAUACAUUCUGUGUCGAACAAUGUCAACUCGUCGCCACCUAACCAGUCUAACUUCUCGUCUCAGAAUGCAACGCAAUUGCGGGGUGGCGAGGUGCAAGAUUCUGGGUUGUCGAGUCAAAGUAGUAUUGCAAAGUAUGGUACACCUUCGAACCUCCCGGCUAGACCUCCUCCAACUCAACAGCAACCACCGAAAUUCACGCUUCCCGGACACAGUAUUCCACCAGGAUCUCGGUUGCCAAGCAACCCACCGCCUCCUUUUGGGGCCAAUGCUUCUUAA